AAAUACAAUAUUCUCUGUAAGCACUUAACUAAUAUAAAAACAGAUUUUAGAUACUUUUAGUAUUUAAGAUCGGACCUAUUGAUAUUUGAUCUGUACUUUUGAAGUGAGAUAGUUAAUUAUUUUUAUAACAUUAGGUUUCAAAAAUGGCGUCCUCUACGAACGCUGCGGCUGGCGAAGAUGAUGAUGAGGAGAAAACUUUUAACGUUGAAGAAGUACAAAAGAUAGUAAGAGACACUAUCGAAUUAUGCCUCGGAGGAAACGCCUACAGCCACACCCGUACUCCUAAUUGGAUCGCGAUAAUUACCGACAAGACUAUGUCCCGGCUUAGCAAACUACAAAAGCCUUUUAAGUAUAUAUUACGGGUCACAAUAACUCAAAAGAACGGCUCCGGUCUUCAUACGGCGGCUGCCUACUUUUGGGAUACGCUAACCGACGGCACUUGCACUGUGCGUUGGGAGAACAAAUACAUAUAUUGUAUCGUCAAUGUUUGGGGCAUGUCUUUGCAAUUAUAAUUUUGAAAGAUUAUUGUUAUAUGUAUAUCAUUGAUUAGUUAAUAACAGGUAAAAGGUUUCGCCCCAUGAUAAAAUUAAUACUAUCGUCUCUCAAUAAGAGGACAGUAAUUAACAAUAUAUUGGUUUGCAAAUGCCCGUAUGUAGUAGAAGGUUAAUUAGACUAUAGUUUAAUAAAACAAGAAAUGA